AUGUUGGAUGUGUUGAAACAAGUAUGUAUCAGCAUCCCGUUUGUGAAAGCUUUAGAGCAAAUGCUGAACUAUGCGAAAGCUAUGAAGGAAUUUCUGUCUAAGAAUAGAAGGUUUGGGGAAUUUGAAACUGUAGCCCUAACUACAAAAUGUAGCCUAUUUUUCCAGAACAAGUUGCCUCCUAAGUUGAGGGAUCCAAGAAGUUUCAUCAUACCUUACAAUAUUGGAGAAUCCUAUUCUGGUAAGGCUUUGUGUGAUUUGGGAUCGAGUAUCAACUUAAUGCCUUCGUCUAUGUUUAGACGAUUAGGUAUUGGUAAGGCUAGACCGACUACAAUUACACUCCAGUUGGCGGAUCGAUCUUUGGCAUACCCAGAAGUAAAGAUUGAGGAUGUCUAG